AUGGCGUUUAUCAAGAAAUUUCUGGCCAAAGGAGAUGCGUCCAUGCAAAAGGCUAUGAACAACCCAGACAUUCAGCCCAUUGGUCAGUUCUUGCAACACAAAUUUUCUCGAGGAAUUAAUUAUAACAUGAAAAUUGUCAUUCGUGGCGAUCGUAAUGUGGGCAAGAGUGCAUUAUUUGCUCGUCUGAAAGGUGAAUCAUUUAGCGAACGAUACAUUCCGAGCACCGAAAUUCAGGUAGCAAGCAUUCAUUGGAGCGAUCGAAAGUACACUGAUGUGGUCAAAGUUGAAGUAUGGGACGUGGUAGACAAAGGAAAGCCGAGAACUUCCGCUCAAGGUUUGAAAUUUCGUAAUACCGAUGUUCAGAAUCUACCUGAACCGUGUUUGGAUGCCAGUUUUUUGGACGUGUAUAAAGGUGCCCAUGGUGUUAUUCUGGUAAUGGACAUGACCAAAUCAUGGACGUUUGACUACGUAUGCCGUGAAUUGCCUCGUAUCCCAUCGGAUCUGCCCGUUUUGAUAGUAUCCAAUCAUCGGGACAUGGGACAUCAUCGAACAGUGACUGAAGACCAAGUUCGAGGUUUUCUGGAAAAUCAGCACACUGUUCCAGUUCCAUUCAAUACAGUCAAUUCGACUAGAUGCAGGUAG